AUGUCUUUCCUUCAUGGAGUUCUUAAAGAUGUCCACACUAAACAGCCUUACAAUGUUGGUAAACCUAGGUUAGAACAUCUUGUUUACAAUGUUCUUCAGCCUAAAUUAUGCUCUGGACAUGUAGGCUUUAAGUUUAUCAUCCGCGAUGUGACCAAGUAUGUCGCUGUGUACAACAAAUCCGUGAAGAAGAUUAACGAUGAGAGGGCGCGGAAACCGGUAGAAACGUGGUUAAAAAAUGUCGACGAGAGUUUUAGAAACCAGGUUGGUGAAAUUUUAAAAAGCCAUGAGGAUGUUUCUUCGGAGGUUGUGAAGGCCAAGGGCCAAGUGGAUGCCAAGUGCAGAGAUUCCAUCAGGUUCACAAAAGAAUUACUGGAAGCUUUGAAAUAUGGCGAAGAGAAGUUUAAGGCAAUUAGUGAUUUAAAUAAGGAUUGCAAGAAUAAUGUUAGCGAUGCUGUUAAGACAGUUGAGCAGGAAUUCGAGAGAUUUAGUGAAUUGUCUACAAAGCAGAAGAGUGAUCUAGACGCUAUGACUAAAAAAGUCAGUGAGACUCUUACUAAGGUUAGAGAUGAUGUGAAUGGGAAAAUUAAAUUAGACGUUGAAGAGCUUGUUAAACUUCUGAAAGAGAAAGUUAAGAAAAUUUUGGAGCAACUAAAAGAGAUUAAUGCAACGCUGGAGCAGUGCGUCAGAGAUUUAGACUGGUGGAGCAGGGAGGCGGAUGGCGUUGUGGAAGAUGCGUUAAAGAAAGUCGACGCCAUAUUGGCUGAGGUUGCAAGCCCUGCAGAUAAAAAGAAGAAACUUGAAACCACUGCCAUCCUGUUGAAGUCAAGUGCAGAUGCCCUUCAUAGGGCGGGGGAGGCGGCUAAAAAGAACGUUGUCGCGGAAGUUACUACGGCGCUUGAGAAGGUUCUAGUCUUGGACAGAGCAGUGAGGACCGGGUUGAAGCAGACGAGGGAUGGGAUUGAAGGGGCGCUGAAGAAUUAUGUUAAGGAUCAGUUGCUGGGGGAUAUUAAAGGGAAGGUGGAGAAGAUUAUUAGGGGUAAUGGAGGGAGUGAUGGUCUGGAACAGAUUGUAAAGAAAGUGAAGGCGUGGGCUGGGAAGUUUAAAGAGGAAGAUAGUUUAAAGCAGAACGUAUUGGAGGACUGGAUCGAUGAUAUUCUGAAGGCGGAGCCAGUCAAGGGGUGGCUGGGGAAGUAUUACGAUGCUACCAAAAAGGGUGAGUUGACUACGAAAAGCAAGCAGGAACUGUUGAGUGGGGAAGACACAGCGUUGCAUAAACCAAUCAAGCAACAGAUUAUAACAAAUCUCAGCGGCGAAAUUCCUAAGACAUUCCAAGCAUUAAAAGCAUUAGACAAUGUAGAGGAGGACAGUGUAGAUGAGAGCGUUACUGCUAUCCAGGUUAUUUGCAAUACGUUUGCGGAUGAGGUUGCCGAGCAGCUUAAGACGGGCACAUUUGAUGCGUUUGCUGACAAGAUAGCUAGAGAGGUUGAGAGACUGUUGACAGGAGAUCAUUCUGUGAACCCUAAUCUAAAUCGUGCCGUCCUUUCAACACUCCACCAGCUCGUUGGUGCGGCCAGGAAAGCUGGUGAGGCAGUUCAUUCGUUUACUACCGAUGAUUCCACAAUGAGCGAACACGUAGAGGCAGCACUUAAUGUAGCCAACCAGCUAGGCCUUGAUCUCAAACAGGCGACUAAGCCGGCGGUUCUCGGAGUAUCCGUAGUACCCAUUCCCACCGACGAGCAAGGCGAUCAUAAGUACAGCUAUGACGGCAGGAUCCUCGGCAUACUGGAAGCGGAGAUUGGGAAGGAUGAUAAUUAUGGUAAAGUAACUAAAGCUCAUAAAACUCAUUUCGGGGACUACAGUGGACUGAUUAACCAGAAGAAUCCGAAGCUUAAAAUCCAAGACGCUGUGCUAACCGGCAAUCCAGACGAAGGCACUUUCCCCCCUGUGAUCAAGAAAAUUGAAACCAGUGUGACCGGUGCGCUCACCGACAUUAACGACUUCCAACGUGAUGCUGAAAAGAAACUUGAAGAAAUAACCUCCACCCUUAAAGCCAUGUGCGACGCAAUUAAGCAAGCUACCGAAACAGGUCAGGGCAACCUGAAAGAUAAAUUGUACGAGUUGCGAAGGAGGAUCGGCAAGACUUUGAGAGGCAAGGAGAACAAUAUGCAGGACCUUUAUACUAAACUGAAUAAUCUACAAAACACUCUCUUGCACGGUCCCAUUACGGCGGCCGAAGCAUUCAUCAAAACAUAUGCCAAGGCAGCCGGCGAGCGAACCAUCGGCAGCCUCACAAAAUACGUGGACGAGAAAGUGGAUUACGCAACUAAGCAGAUCACCACGCAAGCCGAUAAGCAGUACGUCACUACCAUGAAAUUGCUGCUGCAGCGGUUUGCAGACAGGGUGACUGAGCAGCUAACACCUUUACCCAAACAGAUAGAAGACGACAAAUAUAUUGGAUUUAAAGGCUUCAUGUUGAGAUUCGAGAAACAUUUUAUUGAGACUAUUAAAGGCAUUGGUAAUAUUUCUCCAACGUCCUUUACUCCGACAUCUCCACUGAGCCAAGCCGCCCUAAAAGUCAACAUAGGCUUCAAUGGGUUUUUGGAUAACUUGUCCGGACAGACAGAAAUUAACCCAGUCGCCGAAAAAGUUACAAGCGUCUCCACAAGUCUGAACAAAUUGCUCCAGCAAAUGAUCAACUCAGCGCAUUUCGACCACGAAGUCACUAAAAGACGGGAGAUGUUUGACAAUUCGCUCAUUGACUUCAAAGCGGAGACGUUCACGGACGCCCCCAAAGCUCUCUUAUUCCCCGUCAAAGAGGCUCUGACACUAUUCUCCCGAGAGAUGUCCAAGGCCUACUUAAACGUCUACGAGGGUGCAACGGCGAUCCAGUGGGACAGUGAAAAUAAUCCCGAAACAACGUACUGCGCCAAAGCGUUUCUUACCACAGUUCCCAUCCUCGCUAGCGCAUUAGGUGACCUUAAAGAAAAACUUGAAAAUAAACCUAACUGGAAUAAUUACAAAAUAUAUAAUUCCGAGAAAUCUCACCAUAGCUUACAUAGACUUUUCUUUAAAGAGCACGGUUACGAUAUUGAUGUUCCCGUCGGCGCCAAACACGGUGAAUUGAAUCACAAACCGGAAUGCAACGGUGCCCGCAUUCUUGGUCAUCUUACAGAGGGAGCACAUAAAUUGUUUGAUACAAGUGAUAUGUCACAUAAGGCAUCCGAUAUAAUUCCUAAGGACACUGAUGAGCUGACAAUACAGCUUGUAAACGAAGAUGGUGUCAUCCCAAAGCUUUUCGCCCACCUAAGUACAUACUUCCGUACCUGCCACCUUGAAAUUAACAACGCACCUAGGCCGCCAUGCAAUGUCUACGAACAGUUGGUUUGGCUCAACGGCCUCUUACAUAAUCCUAUGCACAGCAAACUCGAGGAUUACAUAAAGACGUAUUGCGCUAAGCCGGAGACGCAAAAGACAAAGGAAUACUCCGAGAUAGAUCCCAGAGAUCUAAGACUCGAAACAUCUUCCAUAUUAACAGCGCACAAUGUCUUCCAAAUAAUUCAACAUCUUUGCGAUAAUUCACAUAAUCUCCUUACCACCAUCCUCGGCACAGGGGACGAGCAUACUGUCUAUGCCUCUGACUUCUCCAAUAAUGCGCUUCGAUUGAAGUAUCCAUCCAACCCUGCCGAGUGUCUCGACAUGUUACUCGACAUCCUCCGCCGAUUGUUCACCGUGUUUAGAUUCUUGGAAGGCCAAUGUGGUCAUCCAGCAUCCAUCUACGGAUGGGCCGACUGUGCAUACGGCAAGUCUGUCGCACCGGCAAACUGGCAAUGUAAGGACCACCCAAGGGGCAAAGCAAAUGAGCAACCAAAUUGCCAAGCAAAGUGCCAACCAACUUGUCAACCUAAGUGCCAACCUACUUCACCUUUAAUGAGCUUUUUCACUGACACUCUUCCUGGGCACCUACCACACCAGUUGACAAACGUUGGCUGUAAGACUGUAUGUUCUACGUGCCCUUCCACUUCCAGGAAUGGUAUGCCGUGUCUUACUCCAUUAGGCUUUAGAGCGUUCUCAGGAUCCACCAAAACGGGGAAAGAUCUCUGCAGAAUCAUCGAUGCGUUCCUUAAUUUCUACGAUGUUUCGUGCAUAUUCUCCAUUGUGUCCAGACCGCCGUCUAGCUUACCAGAGCACUUCAGUUUUGUGCUGUCGCUGGUAAGGGGAUGGCAAGCUGAUUCAACGACAUUAGUGAAAAAUGGGUUUCAAUGUGUAUUUGAACAAUCCAUCAAGGAUCGUUCCAUCCAUCUCUAUGACCCACCCAGCGACCUUACCAAUGCACUUUGUGAUGCCUACGGUAGCAGCCAGAGUAGUCAUGAUAGUACUAAGCAUCCGACUACACCUCCUAAAGCAAAGCACGAUGAACUUACAAAUGCUGAUUUGUCUAGUAUCUGUAUGGCAAUACCAUGUAACGUUGCCGAUGUGCGCUGCGCUCCUUACCUAUCCGCUCUAUGCACCGAUCAAUACAGUUACCUUUCCCGGAAGCACUCUGGCACAUACCUAUCUUGGGCACUUUAUCUGCCGUGGGCAUUGUACGAUUACCUUGAAUGUUUAUAUAAGGCAUUCGAAGCUAUUUUCUGCCAGGACUGGGGAUGUCAUAAUUGUAUGCAUGGCGAUAAAUGUAGGAGAGGAGAGCACGGUAAACAAGAUGCAUCAUGUCAGUGUCCGUCCUUACUUGCUUGCAAAGGGGUAUCACCAACGUUGUAUAGGUAUGGAUUUAAAUUUGGUAUACCAUGGACGCUUUGUGAUAAAGAGUCUACGAAGAAGUGCUUUGACUUCCAGACACAGCUGCACAAAAUCCUUCACUCCAAACAUUUUGAAAAGCUGUUUGCUCAGUGUGACAUGUAUUUGUGGAGAACCAGAGAGCCAUUCUCCCACCUGUUGUUAGCCCUCUGGUCCCUCUCCUUUCUCUACCUGCUGCACAUCGCCGUCGUCCGCCUCGACGUCCUGAGGAUACGCUCCCACCUGAGAUCGCCCUCAAGCCACCGCAUCGCCGCGCAGUCGCUCCUCGCCGCCGCAAAAGUCAAGGCACUCGCCAACGUCAAGUACUUCUCACCAUAA